GGGCAAAGGCGGCCAGUUCCGGGCGGCCGCCGUGAGGGGUGAAAGGCGGCCGCGAUGGCGGGCGCUGAGGCGGCGGCGCUGGACGCCCUGAAGCGGGGCGGCCCGGGAGCUGCCGAGGCGCUCUUCGAGACCUACACGACGGCGGAGCUGAGAGCCGUGGAGCGGCAGCUGCGGGCGGGCAUCGAGGGGAAGCGGGAGGAGCUGCGGCAGAUGGUGGGCGAGCGCUACCGGGACCUCAUCGAGGCGGCCGACACCAUCGCCGAGAUGCGCCUCAGCGCCCAGCACCUCCUGGAGGCAGUGCAGGACCUGCAGCAGCGCCGGGCCCGGGGUCGCUCCGGGGCUCCCGCUCACCCUCCGGCCCAACGCGCCGCGGGCAGGCCGGCGCCCGAGUCGCAGGAGAGGUUCUACUGCUUGGCAGCGCAGAUUCAGCUGCUGCUGCAGAUUCCUGAGAAAAUAUGGAGCGCUAUGGAAUCCUCUCAGUAUCUGUACGCUGCACAGUUGUACCUGCUGUGCUGCCACCUCCAUGGCCUUCUGCAGUUGGAUACUUCUGGUACUCGCUACAGUCCAAUUCUGGCACGUUUCCCGAUCCUUGCACGGCAAGUGGCAGCAGCCACCCAUUUUCGCUCCACUAUCCUACAGGAGAGCAAAUCACUACUGAAAUGCCAGACUGUUUUGGACCAAGCAGUAGCAGAGGCCUUGUGCUCAGCCAUGCUUCUUGAGGACAGUUCUCCACGGCAGGCUCUUGCAGACUUCCUGUUGGCCAGGAAAUCUGCCGUUCAGCAGCUCCUGAAUCAGCCUCAUCAUGAUGCUGGCAUUAAAGUACAAAUUUGCUCCUUGAUGGAUCUUCUUGCCACAACUUUAUAUCAAGCUCAUGCUCUCUUCUAUACCCCACCGGAGGGAACACCUGCAGACCCGUCCCUUCCCUGUGGAUUGCUGUUCUCAACACUGGAGACCAUCACAAACCCUCACCCAGCAGGUAAAGGCAUCACAGUUUUGAAUGAAGAAACCAGGCUGAGCAGCUCAUUCAAAUACCUGCCGUCUUCCAUCACAGAAUUCCAGCCAACACUCAGAACUUUGGCCCAUCCCAUUAGCCAGGAUUACCUGAAAGAUACACUUCAGCAAUGGAUCAACAUGUGCAAGGAAGAUAUUAGGUCUGGCAUCACAAACCUGCUAGUGUAUGUGAAGAGCCUUAAAGGGCUGGCUGGGAUCCGUGAUGCCGUGUGGGAGCUGCUCACCAGUGAGUCGAUAAGUCAGAAUUGGGAGAUGAUAUGUGGCCGGUUGCUUGACAAGCCCAUCUCUUUCUGGGACGAUCUUUUACAGCAGCUCUUCUUGGACAGAUUGCAGACUUUGACAAAGGAAGGAUUUGAUGACAUCUCCAGCAACUCCAGAGAGCUACUUGUUUUGGCCAUACAGGAGCUGGAAGCAAAAUUUGACCCCUCUGCCCAUAAUAAGAACAUUUUGUUUGAACAUAAUAUGGCUUCUUUCUUAUGGUCAGAGAAUCCUAAUGACUUGCUGCCUGACGCUGCCUGGAUCAGUGUGGCAAACCGCAGUCAGUUCACUAAGAGUGGGCUGUCCAUGAAGGCUCAGGCCCACAGCCCAGGGGUUCAAAGUUUCUGUGCUGCUCUGGAUUCAAAGUUAAAGGCUAAGUUGGAUGACCUUCUAUCCUACUUACCUUCAGACUCAUCUUUAGCUAAGGACAGUACCCCUGCCCACUUCAGGAACUCUGCCUUUGAUAGAUUUGCUGAUGCUGGCACAGUAGAGGAGCUUUUGCGCAGCCACUGCAUCCGUUGUGUGAACUGUGUGCUAGUCUGUGUUAGAGAGGAACUGCAGCGUGCUCAGGAUGUGCUCCAAGGAUGCACGGAUGCUUUGCACAACCCCAAAAUCAACACUGUUCUCUUCAUGGCACGGCUCUGCAGGUCACUGGGGGAGUUGUGCCCACACUUGAAGCAGUGCAUUCUGGGAAAAUCAGGUUGUCUAGAGAAUGUGACAAGAGAGCCUUGGUCUUUGAAAAAAGUGGGGAAAGGGAAAAUUCAGGAGAAGAACCCUGUCAAGGCUAAAUGGCAAGAAUUAAAAGAACAGCUGCUGCAGGAGAGCCUGGCUGCCUAUCGGAUUUGGAGCACAGCUGUUGCUAAAGUCCUCGUUCAUAAUUUCACAGAGUCAUUGCUGAAGGAUGAAGCUGGGUCCAUUCUAGCAACAGCCACUAACUGGGAGGAAAUUGAAAUUGAAGAAGAAUCUGAGACUGGAAGCAGUGUGAAGUCAAAGAUACGGCUACCUGUCCAGCCAUCCUGGUGCGUCCAGUUCCUCCUCUUCGGUUUGUGCCAAGAAGUCAAUCGAGUUGGAGGCCAAACCCUUCCCAAGGUCACCUUGCAAGAACUGCUGAAGACUUGUAUGACUGAAGUACUAGCUGGUUAUGAAAAAUUCUCAGACAGGAAACAUGACAAGAAAGAAGGGAAGCUACCAAUCACUCAGAACAGAGCUUUGCAACUUCUGUAUGAUCUUCGGUAUCUAAAUAUAAUCUUAACAACCAAGAGCGAAGAUAUGAAAAGCAGCAGAAACAAGCAAGACUCCAGGAUUGAGAAACAGGCAGACUUUUUGGAGAGUUAUAUUGAUCCCUUCGAUCUGGAUGUCUUUACUCCACACCUGAAUAGCAACCUCAAUCGGCUGGUGCAACGAACCUCUGUCCUGUUUGGCUUAUUAACAGGGGCAGAGAAUCAGUACGGCAGCCGAAGCAGUGCUCUGACCUCUCAAGAACAACAUAACAUCCUACCUCUGACAUCUAGUCAGAUCAGAUUUGGACUCUUGCCACUCAGUAUGUCAAGCUCUCGCAAGACAAAAUCAUCUUUGCGAAGUACUGAACAUACAGCUCAGGCUCCAGCCCCAACUUUUAUGAGAGGAGAUGAAGCAUUCCGCCCUGGAUCCCUGUUCAGACAACUUGCAGCAGAGGAGGAAGACACAGCAGCACCAUCGUUGUUUAAACUUGGCUGGCUCUCAAGCAUGACUAAAUGAUCUAAUAAAAAGUGAACAAGUAUAUUUGGGGCACUUCAGAAACAAAAAGCUUCCAGGGAUCAUGUUUCAUUAUCCCAAGUUUAGUUUUAAGCACCAAAUUAGUACCGGGUGAUUAUUUCAAGAUACAGACCUCACUGUUUAGGGACCAUGAAUUUAACAGAACAUGUAAAUAGCUUGUAUGUAUUCAGAAAAAGUCAAUCCAAUUCGAUAUAUGGACUACUGAAUACAGUAAGGUUUACACUCAUAACUUCAAUAAAACCCUUUCCAAUUCUA